CAGGCCCGCGGGCGGCGGCGGCGACGGAGCUGGGCAGGUGUGUGCGGCUGGAAGAUGGCGCCCUCGGGCCCGGGCGGCGUGAGGCGACGGUGCCGGCGGGUGCUCUACUGGAUCCCAGUGGUGUUCAUCAGCCUGCUGCUGGGCUGGUCCUACUACGCCUACGCUAUCCAGCUGUGCAUAGUGUCCAUGGAGAACAUUGGUGAACAAGUUGUGUGCCUCAUGGCUUAUCAUCUACUUUUUGCAAUGUUCGUCUGGUCAUACUGGAAAACCAUUUUUACAUUGCCCAUGAAUCCUUCAAAAGAGUUCCAUCUCUCUUAUGCAGAGAAAGAAUUGCUGGAGAGAGAGCCACGAGGAGAAGCCCAUCAGGAAGUUCUGAGGCGAGCAGCCAAGGACCUUCCUAUCUAUACCAGGACUAUGUCCGGAGCAAUCCGAUACUGUGACAGAUGCCAACUUAUAAAACCAGACCGCUGCCAUCACUGUUCCGUCUGUGAUAAAUGUAUUUUGAAGAUGGAUCAUCAUUGCCCAUGGGUGAACAAUUGUGUUGGAUUUUCAAAUUAUAAGUUCUUCCUCCUUUUCUUGGCUUACUCUCUGCUGUACUGCCUUUUCAUCGCUGCUACAGAUUUACAGUAUUUUAUCAGAUUUUGGACAAAUGGUCUGCCUGAUACUCAAGCCAAGUUCCAUAUUAUGUUUUUAUUCUUUGCUGCAGCUAUGUUUUCUGUCAGCUUGUCCUCUCUGUUUGGUUAUCAUUGUUGGCUAGUCAGCAAAAAUAAAUCUACAUUAGAGGCAUUCAGAAAUCCAGUAUUUAGACAUGGAACUGAUAAGAAUGGAUUCAGCUUGGGUUUCAGUAAAAACAUGCGACAAGUUUUUGGUGAUGAGAAGAAGUACUGGCUGCUACCAAUAUUUUCAAGUCAAGGUGAUGGAUGUUCCUUUCCAACUUGCCUUGUUAACCAGGAUCCUGAACAACCGUCCACUCCUGCAGGACUAAAUUCAACAGCUAAAAAUCCUGACAACCAUCAGUUUCCUGCAAAACCAUUGAGAGAGUCCCAGAGCCACCUCCUAACAGAUUCUCAGACCUGGACAGAGAGCAGCUCAAACCCUGGGAAAGGCAAAGCCGGAAUGAGCAACCCUGCAUUAACUAUGGAGAAUGAGACUUAAUUCUACAAUCAAAAUAAAAUCACUUUUAUAAAGUACCAAUGCUGUGGAAGAAUGGACAGGCUUCCCACAGGAAGGCACCAUUGGCCAAUUGUCCCUAUAUCUAUUUGGCUAAAUAUGCAAAUUUCUUCUUCAGUGAUGGAAAUCAAACCCAGCAGUAUGAAGAAUUUUGAGUAAUCACCAAACUUAGGCUUAAAGCAAGACACAGUAUAGUCCAGGAUAUAGACUGCUGUAACUAAUACACAUUACUAAUAACCUUUAAGUCAUUAAAAGGGAAAUAUUUUCUGCCAAAAACUGAGAAUGAGUUCAUGGGAAAGUUUUUAUUUAUAUAUUUGGGUUGUCCAAUUUAUCACAUAAUCCCAUUAGUCAUUUGAUAUUCUGUCUCAGAAAAUUUAGGGAAAUCUUAAGAUUUAAAAAUUUCUAAGUCACUUUAUCAUGCUAAUCUGUAUUUGGGAUCAGGUUUUUUUUUUUUUUU